CAACCCUAUUCUCACUAAAGGAAUCAAAGUUUGGUGGAGAAAGUGGAAUCUACUCCUAUAUAAAACUCUUUUAAGUCAGAAAUGCUGUUAGAAAUUCGAUGCGUGUCAUAACUAUAACUUAUCUCUUUCCGGAAAGAUCGAAGUGGGAAGUAUUCAUUUAGGCAGUGUAUUUCGUACUGAAGUUAGGGUUCCAUCUUAUCCUUUUUUUUCACAAAUUCCUGACAAAAAAAAAUUAAUCCAAGAAAAUGGAGAGAUUGAGAAAAGCAUCACAUGCAGGAUCAUGGUACACUGAUAACCCUACAAAAUUAGGGGCAGAGCUUGAUGGGUGGCUCCAAGCAACUGGCCUUGCUAAAUCGCCUGAUGUAAGAGGGGUCAUUGCUCCGCAUGCUGGUUAUUCAUACUCAGGUCGCUGUGCAGCAUAUUCAUUUGCUAAUAUAGACCCUACUAAUAUUACUCGGGUGUUUCUUCUUGGCCCAUCUCACCAUUAUUACACUCCAAAAUGUGCCCUCUCAACAGCCACAGCUUACAAAACACCUCUGGGAGACCUACCUAUUGAUUUGGAAGUCAUUGAGGAGCUACAGGCAACUGGAAAAUUUGAACUUAUGGAUCUUCAAGUUGACGAAGCAGAACACAGCAUGGAAAUGCACUUGCCAUAUCUUGUCAAAGUAUUUCAGGGUUGCCGUGUAAAAAUUGUACCCAUUCUUGUUGGCGCUCUUAACUCUCAAAUUGAAGCCAUGUACGGGAAACUGCUGGCCAAAUAUGUGGAUGACCCGAAUAAUUUCUUUUCUGUAUCAUCGGAUUUCUGCCAUUGGGGAUCUCGGUUUAAUUUUAUGCACUAUGAUCGAAAACAUGGAGCCAUCCACGAGUCCAUUGAAGCCUUAGACAAGAUGGGAAUGGAUAUCAUAGAAUCAGGGGAUGCAGAAGCCUUCAAAAAGUACCUCUCUGAGUAUGAAAAUACCAUAUGCGGUCGCCACCCCAUCAGUGUUUUUCUCCACAUGUUGAAGAACUGCUCGACAAAAAUAAAAAUUAAUUUUCUACAGUACGACCAGUCUAGUCACUGCAAAACAACAAGGGAUAGCAGCGUCAGUUACGCAUCUGCUGCAGCAACAAAGGUGGAUACCUGAAAGAAAGAUCUGAAUUGUAGAUGUUAUCUGAACAUUUAUGCAACACUGAAUAGGGUUGUGUUUGUAAUGUUUUACAUUUAUGUCCGAGCAUGUCUGUGUAAUUUUUUUUUAGAACUACUCAUGAUUAAUCCAAGUACUCAUCUUUUAGCCAAUUAGCUUUCUACUUCAUUACAGGUUGAUUAGUUUCCUAUGUA